CUUCCGACGGCCGCGCUGCGCCAUCCCGGCCGGCCGGGCCAGCCCCGUGGCGGGGCCGCUGCGCCCUGACCCUGCCUGUCCCCGCGGCCCCCGGCCAGGAUGCUGCUGCGCGCCGCGGUGCUGGCGCUGCACGCCGGGCUCCUGGCUGCCCUCCGGCCCGGAGACCCCAACGUCUGCAGCUACUGGGAGAGCUUCACGGCGCCGGCGAAGGAAUCCUACACCAAAGCGCACGUGGUGUCCUCCAGCGAGCCCUGCCCCGGGGGGCUGGGCCUCCCCCUGCCCUGCCCGCAGCAGAGGGUGGUGUACCGCACCGAGUACCGCCAGGCCGUCCGCACCGACUACCGGCGGCGCUACCAGUGCUGCCAGGGCUACUACGAGAGCCGCGGCUCCUGUGUCCCUCACUGCAGCCAGGAGUGCGUCCACGGCCGCUGCGUGGCUCCCGAGCUGUGCCAGUGCGAGCCGGGCUGGCGCGGCCCCAGCUGCUCCAGCGAGUGCGAUGAGCAUUUCUGGGGGCCGGACUGUGGGCAGCGCUGCCCCUGCCACCAUGGGGCCCCCUGUGACCCCCUGAGCGGGGUCUGCUCCUGUCCCCCCGGCUUCGCCGACCCCCUGUGCAGCCAGCCGUGCCCACCUGGCACCUACGGGCAGAGCUGUCACCUGCCCUGCCCCUGCCACCACCAGGCCCCCUGCAACGCCUCCACCGGCGCCUGCCUCUGCCCACCGGGGCUGAGCGGCCCCCUCUGCGAGGUGCCCUGCCCUGAGGGGAUGACCUGUGCCACCCCCUGUCCCUGCCAGAACGGGGGCAUCUGCCACCCCUCCAGCAGCAGCACCUGCGUGUGCCCUCACGGAUGGAUGGGGGAGAUCUGCUCCGUGCCGUGCCCCCCCGGGCGCUUCGGGCCCGGCUGCCAGGGCGAGUGUCACUGCCACAACGGGGGGCACUGUGACCCCCUCGGGGGACAGUGCCAGUGCAGCCCUGGCUUCACCGGAGAGCUGUGCCAGGAGAGGUGCCCAGUGGGGCGCUACGGGCAGGACUGCCGGGAGAGCUGUGACUGUGCCAACGGGGGGCAGUGCUUCCACGUGGACGGGGGCUGCCUGUGCCAGGCUGGCUUCCAGGGCAGCCGCUGCGAGGAGCGGCACUGCCUGCCCGGCCUCUACGGGCUGCACUGCGAGAGCCGCUGCCUGUGCCACCCCCAGCACAGCCUCAGCUGCCACCCGAUGCUGGGGGAGUGCCUCUGCCUCCCGGGCUGGGCUGGGCUCCACUGCAAUGAGAGCUGCCCCCCCGGCUACUUCGGGCCCGGCUGCCUGCAGAGCUGCCUCUGCCUCCACGGGGGGGUCUGCGAUGGGACCACCGGGCACUGCCACUGCCCCCCCGGCUACACGGACGAGCACUGCUCCUCCCUGUGUCCCCCCAACUCCUUUGGCAUGAACUGCUCGGGGCGCUGCUCCUGCCAGCACGCCCUCGCCUGCUCCCCGCUCGACGGCUCCUGCUUCUGCAAGGAAGGCUGGCACGGCCCUGACUGCUCCCUGCCGUGUCCUGCUGGUGUUUGGGGUCCCGGCUGCAACCGGAGCUGUGACUGCGCCCACGGCGCGUCCUGCGACCCCCAGAGCGGGAGCUGCCGCUGCCCGCCGGGCUGGCAGGGCCCUCGCUGCCUGCAGCCCUGCCCGAACGGGACGUUUGGGGCGGGCUGUGGGGAGCGCUGCGUGUGUGCCCACGCCGACGGCUGUGACCCCGUGACAGGAGAGUGCCACUGCCUGCCCGGCUGGACAGGGCGGCAGUGCAAGCAGGGCUGUCCGCAGGGCUCCUGGGGCCGCGGCUGCCGCAUGUCCUGCUCCUGCCGCAACGGAGCCUCCUGCUCCCCCCAGGACGGGUCCUGCAGCUGCACCCCGGGCUACCGCGGGCCCAGCUGCCAGCGCCCCUGUCCCGCCGGCCGCUACGGCAAGCGCUGCUCGCUGAGCUGCUCCUGCGCCAACGGCUCCUCCUGCCACCCCACCAACGGCUCCUGCCUCUGCAGCCCCGGCUGGCGCGGCCCCCGCUGCUCCCUGCCCUGCGCCCCCGGGACCUUUGGGCUGCAGUGUGACCAGCUCUGCCGCUGUCCCCACAACGCCACCUGUGACCCCACCAACGGGACGUGUCCCUGCGCCCCAGGCACGGCUGGGCCCCGCUGUGAGGCUGGGGAUCCUGACCUGCCCUACACCAUCGAGCCAGCCCCCCCUGUGGCCUCCAGCCCCCUGGGCGUGGUGCUGGCGCUGGUGGCCCUGGUGGCGCUGCUGGUGGCUGUGGUGGUCACAACGCUCUGCUGGCACCGCCGGCAGAAGGACAAGGAGCGGCGGCACCUGGCCGUGGCCUACCGUGCAGGACAGACGGACACCUCAGACUACAUGGUGCCAGAUGUACCCCCCAGCCACCAUGCCCACUACUACUCCAACCCCAGCUACCACACGCUGUCCCAGUGCCCGCUGCCAGCCCCCCAGGACAGAGCCAGCUCCCUCAAGGUGCCUGGCACCCAGCUCUUCCCUGGCAUGGAGAGACCCUACAGCCCCGAAGGCAAUGCCACGCUGCCUCCUGACUGGAAACACCUCGGGGCAUCAGCCCUGGGCACCAGGGGGAGGCAGCUGGACAGGAGCUACACCUACAGCCACGGCCUGAGGAAGGGUGACAGCAAAGAGCACCCCUGGGAGGGGCUGAGGGCCAGCACCAGCUCCCUGGCCAGCGAGAACCCCUACGCCACCAUCAAGGAGCUGCCCCCUGGCACGGCCAAGGCCCACGAGGGCAGCUACAUGGAGAUGAAAUCCCCUGUGCAGCGGGAGAUGUCCUACGCCGAGAUCGGGAUCCUCGAGGAGCCACCACAGGAGGAGAGUUGUCCUGAGGGGCCCGAAGGCCCCCCCAGCAGAGACCCCCCCAGCCACUACGACUCCCCCAAGAACAGCCACAUCCCCAGUCACUACGACGUGCCACCUGCCCGCCACUACCCCCCGUCCCCACCGCUGCGCAGGAAGGACCGCUGAGGGACCCCAAGGACCACUGAGGGACCCCAAGGACCUCUGAGGGACCUCAGGAUUCACUGAGAGACCUCAAAGACCGCUGAGGGACCCCAAGGACCUCUGAGGGACCUCAAAGAUCACUGAGGGACCUCAGGGACCACUGAGGGACCUCAAGGACUGCUGAGGGACCUCAAAGAUCACUGAGGGACCUCAGGGACCACUGAGGGACCUCAAGGACUGCUGAGGGACCUCAAAGAUCACUGAGGGACCUCAAGGACCUCUGAGAGACCCCAAGGACCACUGAGGGACCUCAGGGACCUCUGAGGGACCUCAAAGAUCACUGAGGGACCUCAAGGACCACUAAGAAACCCCAAGGUCCACUGAGGGAUCUCAGGGACAACUGAGGGACCCCAAGGACCACUGAGAGACCUCAAGGGCUGCUGAAGGACCUCAAGUACUGCUGAGGGACCUCAAGGACCACUGAGGGACCAGCCAUGAGGGGACACAGGGUCCCUGUGGGGACUGGAGUUGCUGUCCCAGCAGGUGGUGAAUAAAGGGUGUUUGGUGUGGA